GUACAAUUUCCAUGACAUUAGAUAAUUGAAAUCAUAAUAGACAGGAUUAACUCGGGUAUUACAAUUCAAUAUUACAUUUUACGUCCGAAUACCGUCUGUUUACCCUAAGCCCCUGCCGUUUUCGCAAGCCAACUAACCGAAAUUUGAGUAUAGAUUUAGAAUCCGAUGUUCUUCCUUAAUAUUUUCGUUCAGGUUAGAAAGUGGCGACGGACUUGUAUGGCCAUUUUUCAAUUUUGAGAACCACUGGGCUAUCUUAUCAUUUAUUGCUAGCGGAAUAUACGUAAAUAUCGCAUACCGAAUCUUAUUGAGGUUUGUUGUUUUUGUUUGUAUUCAAAGUUUUGUGUGUUUUACUAUUUUAGAUUUUUUAAUAAUACACUCUUAAAAAUGGAUACUACAAGUACGGAUAUGGAAGUAGACGAAGUAAUAGAUAAUGUUUUAUCUACAAGUGUUACUGGCAGUGUUUCUGUAUCGUUACAUCCUCUGGUCAUUCUUAAUAUAUCCGAACAUUGGACUCGUUUAACAGCUCAAGUUGGUCAUUCAGUUCCCACCCUUGGAGCUCUGAUUGGUAAACAAAAAGACCGUACUCUUGAAAUAAUGAAUUCUUUUGAAUUGUCAUAUACUAUACUUGAUGAUUCAUCAUUGGUCAUUGAUAGAGAUUACUAUAACUCUAAAGAAGAACAGUUCAAACAAGUAAGUUAUUGGAUAAUUGCUUAACAUAGUGUAGUUUUAAAAUGUUGAGAUAUAAUUAACUGGUUAUAAUUUGUAUUAUUCUAGGUAUUUUGUGAUCUGGACUUUCUGGGAUGGUAUAUAACAGGUACAGGUUCAGAUAAACCUUCAUUACGAGACAUUGAAGUUCAUAAGCAAAUCACCAAUAUUGCUGAAAGUCCAAUAUUUUUAAAAAUGGAUCCUCAUGGUGGUCAUACUGAUUUACCAGUCAAAGUAUAUGAGUCCAUCAUUGAUAUAAUGAAUGGAGAAACAAAAACACUGUUUGUUGAGUUAUCUUACACACUAUCGACAGAAGAUGCAGAACGAAUUGGUGUUGACCAUGUUGCGCGUAUGUCUAGCAAUGAUGCACAAGAAAAUAGUUUGGUUGCUGAAACUUUAACUGUUCAGUUUAAUGCCAUCAAGAUGCUUCAUAGUAGAGUUAAAAUGUUACUUGAUUAUUUAAAAGAAGCUAAGAACUCUGAAAAACCAAUUAACAAUGAAAUACUGAGGUAAAUUAAUUGAUUUAAAAUAGUCAUUUUGCAAUUUAUUACAUUAUUACAUUAUUUUAUUUUGUAUUUGAUAGGGAACCACCAGGGGAAUUUCUCUGUGUGCUCCAUGAAACUCUUAUAUUAGUAUUGUAUAUCUUAAAAAAAAUUGAAGUUUAGAAACUAAUUUUAGCUUAAUUCAACCAUAAUAUUUUAUUACUCCAACAUUGGAGUACAAAUAUUUGAAUUUCAGGUGAAGGGGUGUGUAUAAAUUAAUAUUAUAACUCAAGACGACACUAUACCUAUAUGUGCUGAAUUAGUCCAACUAAUGGGUAAUAUAGCAAAAUUUACCUUCUGCAGACUCUGUAGAAAUCGCUUAAUUUUGGUUUUAGAGCAAAAUCAUCUCUCUUUUUCUAUGGUUUCAAUCCGUGGAUUGGUUUGCAGCAAUCUUCCAUUCUUCUCUAUUAUCCGCUUUCCUUUUCAUUUCUACGUAUGAGUUGCAUUCUUGGUCUUUUAUUAUCUGUUGUGUAUAUUCUAAUUUUGGUCUUCCCAUAUACGCUUCCUGCUAUAGUCAGUUUUAGUAAUCUAUCAUGUCACAUAUGACAUCUAUUCAUUUUGUCUUUUAGUACAUUAUUCCAUAGCUUCCCGUCAGUUAGUCUUUCCAUUACCACUACAUUGGUUACUCUGUCCAUCUAACUUACCUUUAACAUUAUUCUAUAGCACCACAUAUUUUUUGUUUUUAUUUCUAAACAAUAUAUUGAAUCUUAUACCUAGAAUAAUAAUAUAAAUAAUAAAAAAAAUGCUUCAUCUGGCAUUCCUGAAUAUUGUCCUCUUUUAACUUUAUAAUAGGUACUUUUACUCUAAAACCAAAAUUAAACAAGUUCUACGCAGACUGCGUAAGGGUAUAGGGUCCUCUCAAUUGGAGAAAACUAUUAUUAUUAUACAUUGAAACCUUUAUAUAUCAGAUAAUUAUGAGACUAUGAAAAAAAAAAAUAUCUGUUAUAGACAAGUGUCUGUAAUGUACAGGUGCAGAAGGUGGCAUUGCAAAGAAAAAAACAAAUGGACAUACUUUACAUGACUAGUGAGCCACUGUUCUAGGAGAGAAGUUGAGAAGGUAGAGGGGGAAUUUAAUGUAUACCUUGUGUACACCUGUAAUAAUUAACUAUUGCUAACGAAAAACAAUUUUCAGCAGAGUUCAGUUAUAACGUUUUAAAAGGCUGUAAUAUUUACAAUUUUAAAAUAAUACAUUUCGUGCAUUUUUCUGUUUUUCCCAAUUUAUUAUAAAAACCCCUGGGGAAAUCAAAAAAUAAUCUCACUCCUCUCAGAAUUUUAAAUUUAAAAUGAAAAAAAAUCUACCUAUAAACUAUAAUUAAUUAUUCAGUGGUGGCGUGUAAAUUACGUACCAAAAACAACAUUAUAAUAAUACAAUUUUAACUCCAAUACCCACACAAUAUUUGUAUAAAACGCUUAGUAUUAAAACCUUAGUUUUAAUUAUUAUCCUUGUUCUAUGAUACCAUUAAUAUUUGAUAUUAGAAUAUUAUAUUUUAACAAUUUAUAUUUAUUUAUGAUAUAUAAUACUAGUAUAGAUAUGUAUUAUAAUUUAUUUUCUAAUUUUCUAUGAAGAAAAAUUCAGUUGACAUUUUAAAAUCAUAAAUACAUACAUGGACAUAAUAUACUUACCUAUUACAUUAUUUUAAUGUAAGACUAAUUUGAGAUAGAAACUUAAAUUGUUUAAUUGUGUUUAAAAAUAUCAAGCACAAAAAUAGAUUAUACAUUAAUAUACAUUUUAAUUUUUUUUUUACGUGGUAUAUUAUCAACCCAGAUUCAAUUUGUUCAAAGAGCAAUGAUUGUGCCACUUAUUAUCUUAUUAACUUUUUUAAUAUUUGUUAACAAUAUACUUUUUAUUGGACAUAAUUGUUGAAUAAGAAACAAAGCAACUUUUUAUUCAAUGCUUAGUUAAAAAUAACAGAAAUAAAUUUAAAAACUAAAAUUAAAAUAUUUAGAACUUAAAAUUGGUACCUUAUUAUUAUUUACCUCCUACUUGAUAUGGGAAUUCAUCAAAUAUAUUGAUUGAAAAAUCUAAACAUGAUUGAAUUAUUUUUCUAAGUUACAUAUUGUUUAUUAUAUACAAAAUGUAAACAUUUCAUUUAUAAUGGUAUAGAUGCAUAAUAUAAAAUGUCAAUUGGUCAAAAUUCAAAAAAAGAGCUCAUUAAUUUUCAUCAGGGCAUUUAUUUCAUUGUUAUUCCUUAAAAAUACUGUAAUUUUUGAUUCAGUAAUAAACUGUUAAAAAAACUAAUACUCUAGUUAAUAAUUUAACAUAAAACACAAUUUGUAAUUAUCAAUAACUUUUUUUAUUUAGUGUUGUUAUAAAACUAUAAUAAUAAAUAAUAACCAGAAAUAUUAAAAUAAUAAAACAAAUAAUCAUUUCAAUAACAAAUUAAGUAAUGAAGCUGUAUCUUAUUUUCUAAAACAAAAAAAUAUAUAUAUUAUAUUUAACUUAUUUUUAUUUUGUAGGGAAUACAUAUCGUUGUGCCACAGACUGCCAGUUAUGGAAUCUGGAGAAUUCUACAGGGAUUUGUAUACACAUUGCAAUGAUGUAGCUCUGAUUGCUUAUUUGGGAGUAAUAACCAAAUGUAGUAAUGAAGUAAAUGAUUACUGUAACAAAUUCAAUGCACUCUAUGAUCGUCAAGUUGUUGGUAGAAAAGUUAAACCUUUGUUUUUGUAAAUUUUUUUUUUGUUAUCUUGUAUUUAAAAAUCCGAUAAAAUUUGCAAUAAUAGUAUACAUUUAUUAAAAACGUAUACAUAUGUAAAUUGGUUUUGACAGUUCAAACUACAAUGUAAAGAUAAAAAUAAAACCUUUAUAAUUUUAAAUAAAUAUACAAUAUGAGUGAACUUAUCAAUAUUUUCAUUUAUUUUUCAUUACAACACUUAUCAAGCAUAGCUCUAAAUUUCACAUCAAAAUAUGUGUGCAUAUUCCCUAAAUUAUAAUUAGUAUUUAACAAGCUAUAAAUUUAAUUUACAAACAAUACAAACCCAUGUACCAAAAAUGUUGAGAUCGCAUAAUAUUAAUAGGAAUUAAAUUUUGUUUCUUUAGAGUUAGGAUUUAACAUUUGAAGAAAAUGAAAUUAUCAGUCAAAAGAAAUAUUACAAAUUAAGCUUGAUAUGUGGAGCAUUUAAAAAUAAAAAUAAAAAAAGGUGCUUUUUAAAAAUAUUUGUCUACUUGCUUGUAAAACUUCAGGUUAUUGUCAUCUUUAUUUUCUAAUGAUUAAAAAACCAGCUUAGGUUUUAUUUUAAUGAUAUUUAUAUAUUAUAUAAUAUUAAUUUCAGCAACAUUUAAUGGCCUAAUUUCUACAUAUAUGUAUAUUAUAUUUAUUAUUAAUGUAAAGAUGUACAUUAUUUUUGUUUAGUAAUAAUUAAUAGUACACAGCAUUUAAGGACAAAAACAAUCAGUCCAUUAUUAAAAUGUAUUUAAGGACUAUUUUCUAUAAUAUUAUCUACACCUAUUUAAAUAAGUGGUAUCUCAAAAUGAGUAAACUAAAGUUAAUUUGUAGGCUUUAUUGUUUCCCUAAGUAGCUAUUAAAUUCACAAUUCAAUAUCUUAAUAAUUAAUUAGUAAGGGUUGUUUAUGGUUCGGUUGUCAAUGGUUGGUGAUAAUAACGACUGUAAACUAGUCGAUAGAGCAUAAUAUUUUAUAGUGUGUGGUGACUGUAAAUGUCGAUGUGGUAUAACUUCACGCACUCCAGGAUUUGUUAACUCUUCCUAAAUUGUAAAAAACAAAUUUAUUUUUUAUUUAUUAAUAUUAAUACUAUGUUAAACCUGUAGCGUGAAGACUUCUUCUCAGGAUUGGGUUAAUUUCAUUUUACGACCAGUAAUGGUGCCCACUAGUGAUUUCAAUGUAGAACUGAUACCUUUUCUUGAUAUGCCAUUUAAAUUUGGACUAUUAAUAUUGUGACUCAAAGACAUACUUGGAUUCAGACCUUGUGGAUGUGCAUCUAAGCAUUUCUGAUAUCUUAGCUAUAAAAAAUAAUAAUUAUAACUAUUUUUUUGCAUUAAUCAUUUUUAAGAUUGACAUACUUUGCAUGCAGCUUCAAUAGUUUUACAGAGUGUUCCAGCAGAUGGUUCACACUCAAAUACAUGUGCGAUGAACAGAUCUUGAGUGGUAUGCAUAAUAAAAGCACAUUGUUUUACAUUUUUGCCUAUUCCCAAAAAUGAUAAGUACCUCACACGACAUUCUACCACUUGAUCUCCUUCAUCCUGAAAAC